UGGAAGAAGGGUGGGGGCUGGACAGAGGCAAAGAAAAGGCUGCCAUGGCAACACCAGCGCUUGAGGCUUGAAGAGGGAGGUGAGCUGAAAGAGGUAUGGUUUUUCUUAUGGAAGAAUAGUCCGUUAUUUCAUGAUGGCAUUUGCACCUCCAAAAAGCAUAGAUGGUCCCAAAAUGCAGACAAAGAUGAGUACCUGGACACCUCUAAAUCAUCAGCUUUUGAAUGACCGGAUAUUUGAAGAAAGAAGAGCUCUGCUUGGAAAAUGGUUUGAUAAAUGGACAGACUCUCAACGGAGAAGAAUCUUGACAGGCCUGUUAGAACGUUGCUCCCUGUCACAGCAAAAGUUCUGCUGUCGAAAACUUCAAGAAAAAAUUCCAGCAGAAGCUCUGGAUUUUACUACCAAGCUUCCAAGGGUGUUAUCUUUAUACAUCUUUUCUUUCCUGGACCCCCGAAGCCUUUGUCGUUGUGCACAGGUGAGCUGGCACUGGAAGAAUUUAACUGAGCUGGAUCAGCUCUGGAUGCUCAAAUGUUUACGAUUUAACUGGUACAUCAAUUUCUCUCCAACUCCCUUUGAGCAGGGUAUAUGGAAGAAGCACUACAUUCAAAUGGUAAAAGAACUUCAUGUUACCAAGCCUAAGACACCUCCAAAAGAUGGGUUUGCUGUUGCCAACGUUCAACCAGUUACAAGCAAUUCUGCAGAGGAAAAGCAGUCCCCUGCAUCAGCUUUCAGGUCCUCUUCCUCUUUGAGAAAGAAAACCCACCCAGGGGAGAAAGAACUCCCACCCUGGAGAUCUUCUGACAAGCAUCCAACUGAUAUCAUUCGCUUUAAUUACCUGGACAACUGUGACCCCAUUGAGCAAAUCUGGCAAGGAAGGAGGAAAAGACAUGAAAUGAACCCAGAUUUCAGUCGACAAUCACAUGAUAAGAAAAAUAAAUUGCAGGGCAGAUCUAAGCUAAGGAAAGCACAGUCACUGAUAUCCCUAAAUGCAGAACCCAGCGCCCCUCUCCAAGUUCCCGCUCGUCUCGCCUGGUCUCCUCAUCGGUGGGCAGGGCUCCCGGCCACCAAGGCAGCCACGAAAAUCCUCACGCAACAUCUUCAGAGGCCCUCUGGGCUUCAGGCAUUACCCAGCCAGGCUCCAGAUCCGAAGUCAAUUUAA